CGCAUCACGAGUCAAAUCAGCAAUCACCAAGUCCCCAUUCGUGUGCCUCGACCAGCACAGCUUACAAUCCUGUGUCGAUGAGGUCACGCGCAGUCAUCUUGCCAACAAUCAAUACCCGGCCUUCGCGACCCGAGCGUUGGUGAUUGCGUCGUCGACAUGAGCGCACACGUUCAGCAUCAAAUGACUGGGCAAUCCGCAGCAUCCAGCUCCAACGCUUCCUCUUUCAGGUCGAACAAUCCCUUUAGAGGAGAUGCAAGCUCGCACGAUGACGAAACAGCCAGCACUUCGACUGCAGCGCCACGCAAUCACCAUGACAAUGGCGAAAGGUCCAGUGCUGCCAGCUUCAUCGUCGGCACGCAGCGGGCUGACUGAGCACGAGCACGAGCACGAGCCUGAAGGAGCAGAGAAGCGUUUCCCAGACAUGAAGGACCUCGAUCACGUCUUGGGUCAAGCCGUCGCCUCUAGCCAUGGUGAUGACCAGCAUGCGCGACCGCACACAGUCGUGGCAGCUGCUCAGCCUUCUUCAUCCAGCAUGACGCUAUCCCAGCCAUCGCAAGCGCACAAUGCUGCCACUUUCUCAAAUACUCUCGGCGGCCUGAACAGCGACAGCCAACCCCUCACCACGGCUCUUAGUAGUGCGGGUACAGUGGGGUCAGGGCAAACAUCCCAAAGCCAAACGUCGAGCUCCUUGCUGGAGGAUGAUUGGAGCGCAAUGUUCGACAAUCAGAAUCCCUUGCAGCCGUCACUGCAAGCGCAAGCGCAAGUUGCUGCCACCAGUUCGGUCAGCCCACCCAUGGUUGGAUCUUCUGCUGCUUCAGCGCGAGCGCAGGCAAACAGCGAAGGGCCAACCACUUCUGCCUCAUCAGCCGCGACAGACUCCAGCGCUCAGCCUCCUAAUCUGCCUCCUCGACGCCCCACAGAACCACCUGUACCGACGACCCUGAACACCUCAACACCCGUCCCUCUGCAGGUUUCUGCUGCUGUAUCGAGCACGGAUCCGAGCGUGUUGCCAGACACUUCCCGGGAUGCCGAGAUCGCAGCUAGAUUGGCUCGAGGUGAAGAGAUUGAGAUUGAGUCGACUCAGCGAAGUUCCAAUAUUGGUCCUCCUCCCGGCACUGAACAGAGCGCCUCAAGCACUGCAAGCACUGCUGCUGCACCUCCUCGUCAUCCGUCUCUCCGUCGCUCUAGCGCGGCAAACGGAGCGCCUCAUAGGGCCUUGGUGGAGCAGCUUGCUGUGUCAGAUCCAAUUCCAGAGGGGUACUGGCCCCGCAGCCGGGCGACGUACGGGCAACCACUUCUAAAUGCAGACCGCCUGCUGGUCGUAGCAAGAGGACAGCAGUGCCACAAAUGUGAGUAUUUUAGUGGCCUUUCGUACGAUGAAAGUUUAGAGCACACUCUUGUUCGGUCUCUGGCUGAGUGAGGCUGAAUUCGGAGCAGAGCGUCCCCAUGAGCUUCCUGACACGUCAAUCUCUCAAUCUGCUGUCCAGGCUCAAAUACGGGCUACAAAGGUGGAGAUGCCUCGAAACCGUGUAGUCGUUGCUGGUCGUCGUACGGACUCAAGUACCCUGAGCAAGUGGUGCGGGUUCUUCUCAAUCCUCGCACUGCAUCUGAGCUCGAGCUGCAAAGAGGCCUGCCAGAUUGGCGGUCUGGCUCUUCGCGAGCUUUGUCAUUCUACUCGAACCCCGUCUUGCCGGUCCUACGAGGAUCUGCGGCCCAACCGAGCGCUUACGCGGCCCCUUCCCCGUCGCCG